AUGGUUAUUCUCUCUUCUGUACAUGUCAGGGAUAGCAGCACGGACUUGAAGUCCCAGUCAGAGGGAUUAGUACACAGUCUUGUCAGUGACCAUAAAACUAAGGUAAAGGAGCUAGUGGUGCUACAGACGAAAGAGUGGUCAGAGAUGGUGCUGAGACAGAUGACAGAGGAACAUGAGCUCUGGAGGGAGCACACCAUUCAGCAGAAUGAGACCCUGGCCAAGCUGUUGGAGGAUGCUCAAAGAGAGCAGUUGGCUGAACUUGAUGCGAAGCAGGAGAGGGAAAACAAGGAGCUGAAAGCCAACCAGGCCAAACAUUCGAUGGAGUCAACAAAAACAGUGCUCAAUGAUAAAACUAUCAAGAACAAAGCAGAAAGAGACAGGAGAAUCCGAGAACUACAGGAGAACAACACCAAAAAGUUCAUUGAAGAACGUAAGAGAUGUGCCGUGAAACAUUCAAGGCAGGUGGAGGCUUUGAAGAAAGUUCACCAAGAUCAAACUGAGAAGCUUCUUGCAGAAAAUCAAAAGGCUUUGGAGAUGAUUCAGAUGGCAUACGAGGAAGCUAAGAUGGCCUCCAGACCUGAGACUGUGGUUUGA